GCGGUGCGCGCAGCCGUGCAAACAGGCACAGCACAUCUUAAUAUAUUUGCGCGGUCACGAGGCAAACACUCUCACUCGGUCAGCUUGGACUGUCAGUAGUAAGACGCGCGCCACGGCGACAGAUACAAGCGUUUAGACACCAGGCGUACGUACAUGUGCGUGGUGAAAUGCUGGAUUGACUAACACUGAAGAUCUCGGGGAUCAAUGGCGCGCGGCUUUGAGAUCGUUUAAAAUUUAUUGGAAAGGAGAGUGUGAGAGAGAAAGGAAAGAGAGAGAGAGAGAGAGAGAGAGAGAGAGAGAGGGAAAACAGUGUCUUUCAACAAUGGAACUUACAAUGGAAAACAUUGGGAAUCUGCACGGCCUGCCACACUCCCAUCAAACGGGGGACUUGAUGAACUCUCCUCACGCGCGACAGUCAGCGACACAUAGAAACUUGGUGUCAUCGCACGGGAGGUCAGCGAUGGUGUCCAGCAUGGCCUCGAUACUGGACGGGACCGGGGAGUAUCGCACGGACCAUUCGCUGUCCGGUCCUCUCCAUCAAGCGAUGACCAUGUCGUGCGAUUCGAGCAUGAGUCUGAGCAGUACUUACACGACCCUGACGCCGCUGCAGCACCAUUUGCCUCCCAUAUCCAACGUCUCAGAGAAAUUUCACCACCACCCGCACCCUCACGCUCACCACCAUCCCGCGCACCAGCGUCUCGCCGCCGGGAACGUCAGCGGCAGCUUCACGCUGAUGCGGGAUGACCGGGGCCUCGCGUCCAUGAGCAACCUAUACGGCCACUACUCCAAAGACUUGUCCGGGAUGGGACAACCUUUAUCGCCUCUUUCCAACGGCCUUGGGUCUUUGCACAACUCUCAACAGACUCUGAACGCGUACGGUCCGACUCACCUGGGGAACGAUAAAAUGAUUUCCACGGGAGGCUUCGAGUGCCAUGCUGCGAUGCUCGGGCGGGGAGAAGAGCACCUGGCGCGGGGUUUAGGGGGCCAUGGGGCGGGCAUCAUGUCUUCUCUCAACGGCAUCAACCACCACCACAGUCACUCACACUCUCAGGCGAACGGAUCGGUGCUCUCGGAGCGGGAUAGGCAGGCAGCAGGUGGUGGCGGACAAGGUAGUGGGUCAGGACAGCUAGAGGAGAUCAACACUAAAGAGAUAGCUCAGCGAAUAACGGCGGAGUUAAAGCGGUACAGCAUCCCACAGGCCAUCUUUGCCCAGAGGAUCUUGUGUCGCUCUCAAGGCACUCUCUCAGACCUCCUGCGGAAUCCCAAACCCUGGAGUAAACUCAAGUCAGGUCGGGAGACGUUCAGGCGGAUGUGGAAGUGGCUGCAGGAACCCGAGUUUCAGCGCAUGUCGGCCCUUAGGCUUGCAGCUUGCAAACGUAAGGAACAGGAGCAGCACAAGGAACGCAACAUGGUACCCAAGAAGCAGCGCUUGGUAUUCACUGACUUGCAGCGCCGCACACUCAUCGCCAUUUUCAAGGAGAACAAGCGGCCCUCGAAGGAAAUGCAGCUGACCAUCUCACAGCAGCUUGGCUUGGAACUUAGCACCGUCAGCAACUUCUUCAUGAAUGCACGUCGCCGCUGCGUCGACCGCUGGCAUGAGGAACACCACCAUGGCCAUGUAGCCAGUCCUGGCCAGCCAGGCACCUCGGCCACCACCUUCUCCAAAGCUUAAAUAUAAAUCCCUCUUCCCCUGGGUGGCUGAGACUGGAUCAGUCCAACCUCACAGUCACCCCCUGCGUGCCAAUCAAUCCCACUGUUGCCAAAAAAUGGCGAUGUUUCACGUUAAAUGCAACCUUUUACUUUAGGACUGUUAUUAAAUCAAGCCAAACAUCUCCACAUGGAAAAGCAGCACGUUAUAUUAACAUAAACCACAACGAAGUGAGCUGAAAUGGUCUGUUCGUGCGGUUGAGGACAAACGAGCACUUUCACAGCUCACAGCACAGAAGGCUUGUGACUCAAGCAAGGUUGUCAAAGAAAGCCACCACCUGCAUCAUCACUCUCGGGCCCACGGCGGCACAAUUCCCUAAUGGCCAGUUGUUUCACUGAGGUUCUCAAUUCAUUAGCUUAGC